ACAGUCACACCGAACAAUCAAAACAGUCCAGCAUGUCCAAAAUAUUCACACCUACAAAUCAAAUACGUCUUACAAAUGUGGCCAUUGUAAGGCUAAAGAAGGCUGGUAAGCGCUUCGAAAUCGCCUGCUAUAAAAACAAAGUGCUGUCCUGGCGCAACAACAGCGAAAAGGACAUCGAUGAGGUGCUGCAGACGCACACCAUCUUCACCAAUGUGUCCAAGGGUCAGACAGCUAAAAAGGAUGAACUGGUGAAGGCAUUCGGCGCCAAAGAUGAAACUGAAAUUUGUAAGGAAAUCCUGAGCAAAGGCGAACUUCAGGUGUCAGAGAAGGAGCGACACAGUGUGCUAGACUCGCAGCUCAAUAGCAUAGUCAAUAGUGUAGCAGCACUUUGCGUAAAUCCCGAAACACGUCGUCCGUAUCCGGCCUCCAUCAUAGAGAAGUCUCUCAAGGAUGCACAUUUCUCCGUCAAGAUGAACAAGAACACCAAGCAGAACACACUGGAGGCAAUCAAAAUGCUGCGCGACCACAUGCCCAUAGAGCGCUCACGCAUGAAGCUGCGAGUGAGCUUUGCCGGCAAGGAGGGAGGCGGUAAGUUAAAGGAUGCGGUUGUCAAGCUGGCCAACGCCGUGGAGCACGAGGAAUGGGAGGAAUCAACGCUGCAUUUGACGCUGCUCAUCGAUCCCGGCCAGUAUCGAGUCAUAGACGAGCUGGUGCGCAACGAAACCAAGGGCAAAGGCCUACUGGAGCUGCUCGAACUCAAGGAAGUUGUCGAGAGCGACGAGCUGUUCUAGGCAUUAAACGACUUGUAUAAAAUAUAUAGUUGAUUAUUAUUGUUAACAAAAUUUUGAAUGCAUAAAGAUUAAAACUGUA